CGCUUUUGCCCUAUCAGUCACUAUAGCCAAGAAAAACACACCAGAACGUCUUAGACAUCAAUUUAGCAAUUUCAAAAUGAGGAAGGAGGACAAAACACAGACAACCAAAGACACGAAGACGAAAAUAUGGAGGAUGCUUGCCAAACAGGCGAUAGAAGGGACUAGACUGAUCAAGAAGUGGAUUAAUCUGGUAGUUGAUGAGGCGGACAACCGUAGCCGCAGCCUCCAGCCAAAACGACGAAGGGACGUGAGAGGCCAGAAGAAGAACUCAGGUCCCCUCAAGAACAUGCUUCUUUUCACGCUCAACCAGGCCAUUCUGCUGAGAUACUCCGGGACAGGAUUUUGAGAAAGAAUACCAAGGGGACCAUAUAGUCGUAAGAGAGGGUUAGAUCUAAACACCCCACAGGUUCAGACCGGACUACACAAAUGGAUCUAUCAAACUGGGUUUUGAUCAUGGUAAAGAAAUCAACGGCAAUUGAAAAAAUAUGAGACUUAUGCUUCAAAAAAUAAACCCACGUGCAGCGAGUGGCAUGAUCAAUGAAUAAAGCAAAAUACU